GAGCCCGGGCUGAUGGCAGAGCUAUGCGGAGGAGCAGCAUCGUGCCUGCGGAUGUAGCAGAAACUUUCCACGGCUUCUCCCGCGGGGAUGCGACCAGGAACCAACACUGGAGGGACAAAGUUAAGCCACAGCAGUGCUUCCACGGAGGGAGUAGCCUAAAAUGUGGAUGAACUGACAUUUACUCCUCUAUCCGGGCCGGUUUUAAUUACUCAACUCGAAGAACCGAGCAAACUUUUGGAAAAUGGCCGUUCGUGGCAACUCGCUGAUGCCUUUCUCAAUCCAAGCCAUCCUGAACAAAAAGGACGACAGCCGACACUUGCCAGAUUUGGACAUGUGCUUCUCCAAGACGGCGUGCUGGAAAAUAUUUGGGGAGAUGAACGGCGGUUCUCGGAGAGAUGAUGGGGAGGCUUGUGAGCCGACGGACCAGAAAAGCUACGACUCGGACUCGGGGCUCAGCGAUGACAACGACAGCAAGAAUGCGGCCGCGUGCAAGUCGGAGAAAGACGGAGACCCUGCGUCGGAUGUGCCGGAAGAAAGCUUGCAAGAGGAGACGGACCACGAGUCUGCAGCUGCGGAAAACGCAAAGAGUGACAGUGAGCCCAAUAAUGCGGACUCCAGCACCCUGGACGAGAAGAGCCUGGACCAGCCCAAACAGCGGAAGAAGCGUUCCAGGGCCGCCUUCUCUCACGCGCAGGUCUUCGAGCUGGAGCGUCGCUUCAACCACCAGCGGUACCUGUCCGGGCCGGAGCGCGCGGACCUGGCGGCCUCCCUGAAGCUCACAGAGACUCAGGUCAAGAUCUGGUUCCAGAACCGCCGGUACAAGACGAAACGCCGCCAGAUGGCCGCCGACCUGAUGGCGUCGACCCCUGCGGCCAAGAAGGUGGCGGUGAAAGUUUUGGUGCGGGACGACCAGAGACAGUACAGCCCAGGAGAGAUCCUGCGGCCCCCGCUGCUCUCCCUGCAGCCGUCCUACUAUUACCCCUACGCCUACUGCCUCCCUGCAUGGACACUGUCUGCAUGUGCGGGGAAUCAGUGAGAACUCGGUGACUGUAUUUAUUCUUUUUUUGUUUUAUUAUUUUUGCUCCAAGGACAUCAGACUAACUCUAUUUUCUGACACGAGGAUGAGACCUGAGGGGACUGUUAAUCUGCCUCACCGUGAUGUCCAGGCCAGACCAGAGGUCCCCAAACCGUUUAUCAAAUCCUCAAAUACCAAAAAACGACUAAUUCUUUCAUUUAAUAAGAGUCUGUCUCCAGGAACCAUAAUAAAGAAGACACUUCUCAUGAUUUAGGCUAUAAAAUCACACCUCUCUGAAGUGUAGCUGAGCGGGGAGUCUGGACCUCCUUAGUAAAUGUCAGUGUGUUAACCUCUGAGGAGUGACACAGUAAUAACAGUAAAGUAUUCCUCUCUUUGCUCGGGAGCCCCUCAAGGACCUCUGAAGCCCCACGGACCCCGCUUUGGGACCCGGCGGCCUAAACAGACUGAAAAUGUCACCUUAUGUUGGUUUCUAUUUUACAUGCGCCUUCCUACCUCUGCAGUGAUUUGGAAAAAUAGGCAUAUUCCAUUGACAUUUCAUAUUAACUGUCUCUGUUACAGGUUGUGUUUUUAUUUUUCUCUUGCUGUGUUUGUAAAGGUAAGAUAUUUCAGCACUUUUUGGAGCUAUAUACGUUACAUUACUUCAAUGUAAAAAUGCAUUAUAGUGUGGGCAUGUACAGUGUCAGACUGAGAGGAGGCGGAUUCUUGUGUUAUUGGCCUGAAAGUGAUCUCGUGGCAGGAAGCAGGCUAUAAAACAGACCCAAACUUCUAUUUGAAAUGUACAUGUGUUAUUUGUGUUAAAUGACUGUUUAGAUCGAAAAAACAUUAAAAACAU